AGCGAUAUGAGCCCUCGCUUCCCUCUUUCCUCUCUCUUUCCUCCACCGUAUUAAUGUCUCUCUUAGCUCUCUUCCCCUUGUCUCCGUACUCAUCGGAAAACCAAAAGCAUUAACAGAGACAACACAGAGAGAGAGAAUGGAAGUGAUGACGGUUCCUUCAUCUCCAAGGCAUUUAUCAGGUGGAUUCUUCAGUACACCGACAAGCCCACGAAGGGUUGCGGAGUUUUACAGAGAUUUCGAGGAUUAUACAUCAACACAAGACUUAUCAUCUGAGCCUCUGUUCAUUCCUUUUGAUUGGGAAGUGAAGCCAGGAACCCCGAAAUCGCCCACCAGCAAGAUCAAUACCCUUGUUAAAGAUGAUGAUGAUGAUGAUGAUGGUGGUGGUGAUGAUGAUUUCGCUUUCGACCUCGGUGACAGAUCCGAAACGGCCUCUCUUUUCGCGGAGGAGCUCUUCGACGGAGGCAAGAUCAAGCCCUUGAAGCCUCCACCACGUUUACAGAUAGACGAGCUCGAGCAGUUCAAGAAAACUUCUCCUCUUUCUUCUCCAAGGUCACCGAUCUCUCAGGGUAAGAACCUUCUACGCAAAGCGUUUUCGCCUAAGAAGAUGAAACCCGUGGACGUCGACCCGUUCAAAGCCGCCUUAGAAAAGGCACGGAAUGGGUCGAGAAGAGGACGAGGGAGAGAGCAGAGCCAUGGCUCGAACCAGAGAGCAUCGAGAUCGCUCUCCCCUUUCCGGGUCUCGGCCUAUCCAUGGGAAGAAGAAGAACAAGAUCAAGAACGAGAACGAAAGAAGAAAGAAGAAUCAGAAUCAUCCCUCAAGGAGAAGGGCUCUUUCUCGUCUGCGUUAUCUUCUGUAUCAUCAUCCUCCAGGAAAUGGAGGUUAAGAGACUUGAUUCUGUUCCGAAGCGCAUCCGAGGGAAGGGCGAAACAGAAAGAUUCGAUCUCGAGGUUUGCGAGUUUCUUCAAGAGACAAGAAGAGCCUGUGAAGAACAGUUCGGUCGGGAGAUCGAGAGGGACGUCGUCGUCUGUCUCGUCCCAUGGGUUGUACAUGGCGAGGAAAGCAGAAUCAAAAGAUGCGAAGAAGAGGACCUUCUUGCCUUACAAGCCAAUAGGGAGAUUCGCCUUUUAAUAUAUGCAUACGUGCACGUGUUUUAAUUCCUUCAAAUAACACAGAAGCAAUCUAAUGUUUUUAUUUAUUUGUUUGUUAAUCUUCAUAUAUGCAUGGAUGAACCGAGGGGGUGAAUAACACUACUCCUCUGUAUGUGAUUAAUUUAUUUUGUUAGGCAUAUUGUAUUUUUGGGUUA